AUGACUUCUCAACUAAUUGAGAAUCACAGAGAUGCAGCUGAGAUUUACCAUGGUGAAGCUCUUUGCAAGCAAAAAAUUUGUGAACUGCUUGAGGAACUAUGUCUUCCCAAAGGCCUCUUUCCGACAGAAAUAGUGGAAUUUGGCUGUAACAGAUCCUCUGGAUUUGCUUGGGCCAAGCAUAAGAAGCAGGUGCAGCACAAAUUUAAGAGCAUUAACAAGAAUGUCUCCUAUGACAUUGAAGUUGCAGCAUAUUUUGAGAAACGUCGCCUGAGAAAUGUAACUGGCGUCAAGAGUAAGGAGCUGUUACUUUGGCCUUGGAUCACCAUCUCUAGUAUAUUCAUUGAAGAUCCUUCUUCAGGCAAGAUCACGUUUCAGGUCUCCAAUGGCAUGUCUCGUAUGUUACCCACUUCAGCGUUUGAGCUGGAAGAGAAUAAGGUUCUUGGCCAGGAGAACUAA